GAUCGCGGAAAUGUUAACGAAAAAAAAAUUGUAUAUUACGAGAUUAAGGUGAAAAGUUCUUAGCCAACCAGCAAAAAUACAUAAUUCCUGCAUGGGUACAUAUAUCUUUUUUUAGUAUGACAAGUAUUAACUUGUUCUAUCAAGUAGUUUAUAUACACAAAAUUUUGUAGUGCAUGUUUUUCAUUAAGAUGGAUAAACUUGAAGUGUGUCCUGUUAUCAAAUUCAUCCUAUUGAAUAGAUUAGCCCCUAAGGAAAUGUUUCCAAAGUUAACAAGAGCCUAUGAGGACUCUGAUCCUUCAAUUUCAACUAUUAAAAAAUGAGCAGAUGAAUUUAAACCUGGUUACACGUCCUUUGGAAAUGACAUACGUGAAAAUCGCAACCAUACAAACUAUCGAAAAGGUCCAUGACAUUGUGUUUGACAACUGACAUGAAUCCUAGUUUUGGAGAAACGUUGCAGCAGGUCUGUUGUAGUAAAAAUGGAUUAUGUAGGAAAGUAAAAAAAGGUACUGUUUCGAUGGGGAACUUUUCACCUUACCCUCAUAUAUUCAUGAUUAAAGUUACACUGUUACACUUUUCACUGAAUAUAAUAUAUAUCUUUCCUACCCGGCGCCCAUUGGAAGUAUAAUCUUAAUAAUAUAAUCCCAUGACAAUUACUGAUUCGCUGAAAAUUAUUAAGUUUUUUCAUCUUAGCCAAUCCUUGUCCCCUAUUGUCUCGUCAAUUCUAGCAAUAUUCAGAAGAUUUUUAUUCUAGCAAUAACAAGAAUCUCUGAUUGGUGCCAUUGAUGUCUCUGAGAUAUACCAAGGUAUACUUAAUCUUUUUUGCAGAUGGAGCAGUACAUCACAAAAUUUCCACCGCAAGCUUUGCAGAUCUUGCUUCCAGUGAAAAGAUAAUGGCAUAUGAGUCAAAUGGCCUGAUGCAAACUGUUCCUGUUGAUCCCGGCCUCAUGGCACUACAGAAUUGUAUCUCAUUACUUUCUGAAUCUUCUUCUUGUCCAACAGUAUUUAAUGCAAAUGCAGUACCAUACUCUCAAUCAGUACUGUCAACAUUGCUCAAAGACUCAUUUGGAGGCAGAGCAAAGACUGUUGUGAUAUGUUGUGUAUCACCUUUAAUCCAUAACUUUUCAGAAAGCUUGUAUUACCUUCAGCUAGCUUUAAGGUGUCAGACUAUUAGAAAUUUGGUCACUGUCAACUCGUAUACGACUUACGAGAGCUUGAACGAGAAUCCGGAUGUUUUUGGCUUACAAUUUGCUGCAAGUCAGUUACUGAAGCUAGUAUCCAAUGCCGAAGAGCUGUUUCAAAAGUUGGUAGUGAACAGUCAGUUGAGUAAAAGCGAUGUAGAGAUGAUCUCGCAGUGGUUAACUCUCAAGCAAGAAUGUGAAGAGGUGUUGAGUGAGGGUUCGGAGCAACACAGAUCUCUAGAACGUAUAGAGGAAGAAAUAGAAGACACUUCAGAGUCAGGUGGAAGUGAUAGUGAAGAUCUUUUGGAAGAGGAGUUUGAGAGCUUACAAGAAAAAGUUGACACGUUGGUGUCUAAUUUCAAAACGAGCACCAAGCAGCUGGUAGGCGAGAGUAACAGACAACAACGGCGUGAGAUUCUUAGCACAAAAAGUGUCACGUCAAAAGAAGAUAGUGUGUGCAGUGAGAAAAAUUCCAAUAUGGUAAUGUCACGGGUAUCUAGUAACGUGGUCCCAUUGUCAAAAGAAGAUAUGGAAUCCCUCCGUCACGAGAUCCGGAACCUGCGCAAAACGCGCGACUACCUAAUAGAACAGAAAUUAAAGGUUGAUACAAAGUCGUGCAACAAACGGAUCAUGAACGAAGUGGACGAAAGGAAAAUGUACCAGUUUGAGGAAGCAAUAGAAGCCAUAGAUUUUGCAAUUGAGUAUAAGAACGAGAUGAUUUGUGGGCAUAAACCAAGUAGCGAGACUGCAUUGGCGAAGUUAGAAGAAAAAGGGGAUAAGCUACUCAUGGACAGGCUGUUGAAGUUGAGCGAAUCGGAAAUGAGGAUAUUGCUCUCUAGAUAUUUCCAGAAGGUUGUGGAUCUAAGAAGCAGCAGUAAAAAAUUGGAGCUACAAGUGUUGGACUAUGAGAAUCAAAAUGAAAACUUAGCAUGUAGAGUACAAAAUCUGAGUCACACUCUACAACAGGUUAGAAUGGAAGGAGAAAGGAGGGCACUUUUAAUGCAGCAGCGAUAUGAUGACAAAAUUCAUUUGGUGCUGCGACAUAUGUCUUCAGAUGGAAGUGAGAGCAAAGAGCAAGUCGUGCAAAGAGCUUUGACAGGCGGUAGUAGUAAGAUUGUGCAAAGGCCUAUAGCAAACACCAGCAAACAGAUAGGUAAAAGUAGCAGCCUAAUAACAAGGAUCACAAGCCUAGCAUCCAGGCAUGAAGUGGUACCCCGACAAUUACAGACUGUGAUUCCAGCACCACAAGUGAAGAUAAUCCGACAGAAAAAUAAACUGAUAAUCCAACAGACAAAAUAAAAGGAUUGCUACUUGGAGAAGACUUGAAAGUGAGAUUUAUAUGGAUAAUAAGCAACGGCUACCAAUACGCAUCAGCCGAUACUUUAUGUUUUAUUGAAUGCAUAUUAUAUACUAGGUAUAAAUUAAGACUAUCUUAUAUUUAAAUAAAAAUGAUAGAUAUAUAAA